AUGACUCGGUCCUGUAGUAGGGCUGCGUCUCGGGCCGGAUCCUGACUCGGUGCCCGCUGUCGUGCCAGGGAUGACUCGGUGCCGCUGUAGCCAGAUGACUGCCGUCUGCCGGGGCCGGCUCCUGAGUGGUGGGCUGCCGUCUCGGUGCCCGCUGUCCGAGUUGGCUGACUCGGUGCCCUCCUGUCGUAGCUUGUGGACUCGGUGCCCGCUGUCGAGCUUGGUGACUCGGUGCCCGCUGUCGAGCCAGGUGACUCGGUGCCCGCUGUCGUGCUAGAUGGCUCGGUGCCCGCUGUCGUGCUAGAUGGCUCGGUGCCCGCUGUCGUGCCAGAUGACUCGGUGCCCGCUGUCGUGCCUGAUGGGCCGGUGCCUGCUGCCCCGCCUGAUGGGCCGGUGCCUGCUGCCCCGCCUGAUGGGCCGGUGCCUGCUGCCCCGCCUGAUGGGCCGGUGCCUGCUGCCCCGCCUGAUGGGCCGGUGCCUGCUGCCCCGCCUGAUGGGCCGGUGCCUGCUGCCCCGCCUGAUGGGCCGGUGCCUCUGCUGCCCCGCCUGAUGGGCCGGUGCCUGCUGCCCGCCUGAUGGGCCGGUGCCUGCUGCCCCGCCUGAUGGGCCGGUGCCUG